GGGCAACCCGGCGUUAAGUGGCGUCAAAUCGACGGGGAUUGCGAAUCCGGGAAUCAAUGUUGCGGAAACCCCACCACCAAGAGGGGCAGAGAAGCGGGGCUUUAAGAUGGUGAUCGGGGUAUAUAAAUGGGAGCCUGGUCAACGCUUGGUUCGGUAUAAUUAUUUGCUCUCGGAAUCGGGCCUGUAAGGCGUUGUUUUCAUAUCGAACUUCGGAAAUUAAGACUACGAAUAUGACCAAGGUUCUCUUGACAGGUGGCUCCGGCUUCAUUGCCGCCCACAUCCUGGAGCAGCUGCUCGCCAAAGGCCACAGCGUCGUGACGACCGUCCGCUCAGAGGAGAAGGCCGCCAAGAUUCGUGAAGCCUACCCCGAGAAAGUUGCCUCGGGCGAUUUGGUCACGGCCAUAGUCCCGGACAUCGCCCAGCCAAAUGCCUUCGACGAGGUGGUCAAGACCCCGGACCUCGAGGUCGUCUUGCAUACGGCUUCCCCUUUCCAUUUCAAGUUCAGUGAUCCCAAGGAGCUCCUGGACCCGGCCGUGAUCGGCACAACGUCGAUCCUGCGCGCCGUGGCCGCGUCGGCCCCGACGGUGCGGCGCGUCGUCGUGACGUCGUCCUUCGCCGCCAUCGUCGACGAGGCGCACGUCCGGGACCCGUCGCACACCUUCACCGAGCGCAGCUGGAACCCCGUCACGCUGGACGAGGUGCACAAGCACCCGUCGACGGCGUACCGGGCCAGCAAGACGUUCGCCGAGCGCGCCGCCUGGGACUUCGUCAAGGACCCGGCCAACGGGGCCCGGUUCGACCUGGUCACCGUCAACCCGCCCAUGGUCUUCGGCCCCGUCGUGCACUACCUGGCCAGCCUGGACGCCAUCAACACGAGCAACGAGCGGAUGGUGGACUGCCUGCGGGGCAAGUGGAGGGAGGAGGUGCCGAGCGCCGGGCCGGUGGUCAUCUGGGUCGACGUGCGGGACGUGGCCGAGGCGCACAUCAAGGCCGGCCUGGAGAUCCCCGAGGCCGGGGGCAAGAGGCUGUUCGUGACCGCCGGCCUGUUCAGCAACGCCGAGCUGGCGCGGAUCGCCCGGAAGAACUUCCCCGAGGACGCCGACCGGUUGCCGACCGAGCAGACCAAGGGCGGGGAGUUGCCGGCCGAGAACGAGAGGUUCCGGUUCGACAACUCCGAGACGAACAAGUUGUUGGGCAUCAAGUAUCGGUCGUUGGAGGAGUCCGUGGUGGAUACGAUCAAGAGCCUGAAGAAAUAUGGCGCGUAAAGGAGGAGGGGUGGGAGCCGUGUGUCGUGUCCAGUAGGAGUGAAUAGAAUGAGAGAGAGAGAUAG